GAAAUACCCAGAAAUCUUGAAUCGUUUCUACCGACCGGUACCUACCAGAUCUCCCAUAAGCUGAAACACUACGGCGUGCCAAAUCGACCCGUGGCACAUUCCAUUGGUCCCGGUUUCCAGUUAGGCGGCGCACUUUAUCUUUGUACCUUCCUUUAGGUACUAACUUGGCAGUUACCACACCCCGACGUAUCCGGACUUCUACACACCUAAUCCACAAUGCCCCGGCCCCGGAAAACUCUAUCUACCACUGCUACCACCCAAACUUCUUCGACUACGUCCGCUAGUUCCUCCGUUCGCCUAAGGAAGAAGCCGCCCGUUGCUGUUGUUGCCGAGGAGAACGAAGGUGUUAAGAAUCUCGGAAACAGCGACGGCUUGGCAGACGAUUCCAGCAUGCCUUCUUGGACGACGAGGAAUCAAUGGAUCGUGUUCGCGGUUGCUAGCGGCGCUUGCGCUGCAUUUAAUGGCGUUUUUGCUAAGUUAACUACAAAUGACCUAUCCACUCACAUAGCCCAAGGAAUCUCCGGGUUUCUCGGGCUAACGGACCUAGAAAAGGUCGUCGAGGUCAUCGUUCGCUGUGCCUUCUUCGGCCUGAACCUCCUCUUCAACGGGAUCAUGUGGUCGCUCUUCACACAAGCCCUCGCCAAGGGGCAAUCCACAACACAGGUCUCCAUCAUGAACACAUCCACGAACUUCGUCAUCACAGCGUUCCUAGGCCUGGCUAUCUUCGCUGAGUCCCUGCCGCCGCUAUGGUGGGUCGGCGCCGCGAUGCUGGUUGCUGGAAACGUGAUCAUUGGACGGGGAACGACAGAAGAGGGUAGUGAAGCGGAGGCGGAGGUGGAGGGGUUGCGGGACGGUUCUAGUGAGGUUGGGUACCGCGAUGAUGAUGAUAGUGAUGAGGAUCAUGAGCACAGGCACAGUCACGAUGAUGUAUCGGCCGCAGAGCGAGGCCGUGGGUCUACCGCGACGCCGCAGGAGGAGGGAAUCUUGCCUGUGGAGAAGGACGACGAGGAUGAGGAUGUGCCCCUAUUGGGGAAUUUAAGCUAGGGGGAUAUAUAGAGAGAAGAUUCGAUUGGUUAUAGACUAGCUUAGAGGUUGAUACCCGGGCGGUUAUAUGCAUGGGAAUCUAUCCGGAAUAGACAUGAUUGAACAGUCG